AUGUCACAACAUCAAGAUACAUCUGCUUCUAAAUAUACUAAGUCUACUCAAAAGGUCAGUGCUCCUCCCAUGGGCAUUCCCGAUGAUGAGAUUCUGGAUGUUGUUCCCUCUCUGUUAUUCCAUACGAGGCCAUUGGAAGAUAUACACCACACUGAUCGUGUUAUAAGAGACCUAGUCACUAGAAUCCUUAAUGAAGGACACUUUGUGAAGGGAGUUUCUACUCCCCUGUCUCAAAUGUACCCCUCUCUUGAGGUUGAACAACAUAGUGGUAAGGAUGACGAUUCCUCCAGCUCUGAGAAGGACUUGGCUGCUGAAGGGUUGUGCUCUCUAGGGAAAACCGUGUCUGAAAAAGGAAAAUCUGUGGCAUCUAAAACUACCAAUGCUUCCCACUCUGAGAAGCAUGAUGUGAUUGAUCUAGAGGAUGGUAGCUCUGAUGAUCAAGAGGAAAGCUUACUUCAUCACCUUAAGCCAAGUAGCAAGGUUGAAGUAAAGAAGAGGAAGGUCAAAGAUGAUUCUGAGUCUGAAGAGGAUGUUGAGGAACAUGUCCCUGACAUCUCGCCUGUGAAGAAAACCACUGUUAGGAAGUCUCCUGGUAAAGUUCCUGCUGUUCAUUUGGAUAACAUCUCUUUCCAUAUUGAGGAUGAAGUUGCCAAGUGGAAAUUUGUGAUCCAAAGAAGGGUGGCUGUGGAAAGGGAGUUGGGAAAAGAUGCUGCUGAUGUCAAGGAGGUCAUGGACCUGAUAAAGGCUGCUGGGUUGUUGAAGACUGUGGCUGGGUUCUCUCAAUGCUAUGAGGGUUUAGUUAAGGAUUUCAUUGUCAACAUUCCUGAGGAUAUUGCUGAUAAGAACAACAAGGAGUUCUGCAAGGUGUUUGUGAGGGGAAGAAAAAUUGAGGGUGCAGGUGAAUUAGAAGUUACAAAUAAUGAGGUAUGUAGAGAGAUUACAUCUAGGCAGGUGAAAGGUUGGUCUGUUAAAAAGCAUCUUCCUGCUGGGAAGUUGAUUGUCAAAUUUAUGCUUGAACAAAUCAUCAAGCAUGCAUCUACUAAUGCAGUUAAGCUGCCUAUUGCCUUUCCCUCUAUGAUCUAUGGAAUUAUCUUGAAUCAACACCCUGGUAUUAUAUGCUCUAAUGACUUACCUAGUAGAAAAAAACUUGCUCUGUCUGUGCACUAUAAACUAUUUGAAGGCAGUCAUGUCGAGGAUAUUGUCAUGACAUCAGCCAUGAAAAGGCCAACCUUAAAAGUUGGAACUAUUGCUGAGCUUAAGGAGACAUGA